UGUGAUUGGUCGACUCGCUGCUACCGGCUGACGACGGUACCCAAGCAAGGCUUUCUCCCGUUCACCCCCCUCUUCCUUUCUUUCCUGCCGGCGACAACUGGGCGAGCGCCGACGACUGGGCGAGCGGCGCCAUCCUCCGCCAGGUCUUCGUCGGGCCCUGCGCGGGUGAUGAGUAUUCAUCAGCAAUGAUGGGAACAGAAGGCAUUGCAGCCACAGUCAUUGAGGACCCUGAACCAUCAAUUCCACCUGGAUUUGGGCCUUUUGUUGCCUCUGCAUCGUGGGCAACCCAAGACGAUAUUAAACCUGUUGAUGCUCAUUCUAGUCCUGUUGUAGCAUUACAGAGUGUUGACAAUGAUGUGGAAAUUUUGGAAUACCUAUCCAGUUCAGUGAAUCGCCAGAGUGACACAACUUGCAGUACUUCUGGAAGCGAUACCUGCAGGAAAUCACUGCGCAACAGACCUCCAAUAGAUUAUAGUCGCUUUGAUCUUGUCGCAGACGAUGAUUCUGAUGCUGAAGUAGCAGAAAAGGGUGCAAGUUCAGCAAGACAUAGACAACAAUUCCCUAAAGGAGUACUCCGAGGAUGUCCAGAUUGUGCCAAUUGCCAAAAGGUUAUUGCAAGAUGGAAUCCAUCUGGUGCACGCAGGCCUGUUCUUGAUGAGGCUCCUGUUUUCUAUCCGACUGAGGAGGAAUUCCAGGAUACCUUAAAAUACAUUGAGAGUAUCCGCCCGAUGGCAGAACCUUAUGGAAUUUGCCGUAUUGUUCCGCCUGCUUCAUGGAAGCCGCCGUGCCUUCUUAAAGAGAAAAACAUUUGGGAAUGCUCAAAAUUUUCUACUAGGGUACAGAAGGUUGACAAGCUCCAAAACCGUAAAUCAUCCAAGAAGAGCAGAAGAGGUGGAAUGAUGAAGAAGCGGAGAAGGCUCUCAGAGACUGAAGAAAUUAAUCAUAAUCAAAUUGGAAUGCAGCAAAACCAAGAGAGGUUUGGAUUUGAACCAGGACCAGAGUUCACACUACAGAUGUUUCAGAAGUAUGCAGAUGCCUUCAGUGAUCAGUAUUUUAUGAAAGAAAAAUGCAGAGAUUCACCACCAUCAGUGGAAGACAUUGAAGGCGAGUAUUGGCGCAUAGUUGAAAGGCCGACAGAAGAGAUAGAGGUAAUAUAUGGUGCUGAUUUGGAGACUGGAACUUUUGGCAGCGGGUUUCCAAAGUUAUCUCCUGAAAUGAAAUCUGAUGUGGAUGAUAAGUAUGCACAAUCUGGGUGGAAUCUAAACAACUUGCCUAGACUACAAGGUUCAGUUCUUUCUUUUGAGGGUGGUGACAUUUCUGGUGUUUUGGUGCCUUGGGUGUAUGUCGGCAUGUGCUUUUCAUCAUUCUGCUGGCAUGUUGAAGACCAUCAUUUGUACUCACUGAACUACAUGCAUUGGGGUGCUCCAAAGAUGUGGUAUGGAGUUCCAGGAAAGGAUGCUGUGAAUUUAGAGGCUGCAAUGAGGAAACAUCUACCUGAGUUGUUUGAGGAGCAACCUGAUUUGCUUCACAACCUGGUUACUCAGUUUUCACCAUCAUUGCUUAAAUCUGAAGGAGUACCUGUCUACCGUUGUGUUCAGCAUGAGGGAGAGUUUGUACUGACAUUCCCACGGGCAUACCAUGCUGGUUUUAACUGUGGGUUCAAUUGUGCAGAAGCUGUUAAUGUGGCACCCAUUGAUUGGCUGCCAAUUGGACAAAAUGCCGUUGAGCUUUAUCGUGAACAAUCUCGGAAAAUAACUAUCUCCCAUGAUAAGCUAUUGCUUGGGGCUGCAAGAGAAGCAAUAAGAGCUCAGUGGGACAUCCUAUUUCUCAAGCGGAACUCUGCUGAGAACUUGAGGUGGAAGAGCAUAUGUGGACCUGAUAGCACCAUAUGCAAGUCGCUGAAGGCACGAAUUGAGAUGGAGUUAGCACAAAGAAAACAUAUAUGCUCUCCAUCUCAAUCUAGGAAAAUGGAGGCUGAAUUUGAUUCUACUGAUAGGGAGUGUGCAUUGUGCUACUAUGAUUUGCAUCUUUCUGCUUCUGGCUGUCCAUGUUCCCCAGAGAAAUAUGCUUGCCUGGUACAUGCAAAGCAGCUUUGCUCAUGUGACUGGGACAAAAGAUUUUUUCUAUUCCGUUAUGAUGUCAAUGAGCUAAAUAUCUUAGCUGAUGCUUUGGGGGGAAAGCUAAGUGCCAUCCACAGGUGGGGUGUCUCUGAUCUUGGAUUAAGUUUGAGCUCAUGUGUCAAACGAGAAAAAGUCCAAGAUUCCAAGACUGUUCGCAGAUUAACUGAUGGCCCAAGACGGUCCUACAUGUCACAGGCAUCAACAGUAUCAUUGGUGCCUUCUUGGGAACAGAAAAACAAUGAAAAUAAGAUACUGGAUGUAGCUAGUCCAGGUAUGAAUUUGGUUAAAAUAUGUCAGGAGACGAAUAGUGCCUGUCCUUCAGUAGAGCAGAUAAAACCGGGAAAUGUCUCACCACUGAAGGAGCCGUGCGUGAAGAAUGAAUUAUCCUGUCCAGCAAAUAGUGAUGCGAGCCAACAACAAUAUAAUGGAGGGACUGGAGGCCACAAAGGCUCAGCACCAAGCUUGACAGCUCCUUCUUGGCAAUCAUUUCCCUCAAAUGCUGUGACAAGACCCUUAGUUACUUCAAGUGAACCCAUGAGAAGUGUGCAUGGCUUGGCAGUACUUAAAGAGAGUAGAGAAACUUAUUCUCAAACUGGAGACGGUACAGCUUCACUUGGUGAGCAUCAUAACAGGUCAUUGUCAAUGAUUGACAACGGAGCCAACAUGAAGCCAAGUCUGGGAAGCUCAAGCAAUUCUCAUAGGUUGAUGGCAUCCGACUUCAAUGCAGCUCUAUGUCACUCAUACAAGGAUCGAGUACUCAUAACAUCAGAAACUAAUACCUCAAUGAUGCCUGAUAAAGAUAGCAGUCAGGCCCGUACUGUAAAUCAGCAGUUUGUCAACACUGCUUCAGGAACACAAAGUACUGCAAACCAGCAGUUUGCCAAUACUGUUUCAGGAACACAAAUUGCAUCUCAGGAAGCAUUGUGCAAUGUCUCUGCUUCAAAGCCACUCAUAGAUCCUUCAGUUAUGAAAAAUUCGUAUGGUGCUUUUGGUUCAGGCAGUGGCAGCGCCCAUCGUGGGCAUCCGGCUUUUGGUAAUCAGCAAUUAAAUGAGAGGUGGCAUCAAAGACAAUCUGAUCCUCUAUCUGGUGUGGAAGUUAGAGCUAGGGGCCAUUCAGCUAUGAUUAUGCAGCCUUCUUUGGAAAAUCACAGCAGGAAUGGAGUAGCACAGAAGGGUCCUCGCAUAGCUAAUGUUGUGCACCGAUUUAAAUGCUCUGUCGAACCUAUUGAAAUUGGUACUGUGCUAUCUGGGAGGUUGUGGUCCUCAAGCCAAGCAAUCUUCCCAAAAGGGUUUAAGAGCAGAGUAAAAUACUUCAGCAUUGUGGAUCCAGUAGAAAUGACAUACUACAUAUCUGAAAUAUUGGACGCUGGCCAGCAGGGACCUCUUUUUAUGGUGACUGUAGAAAACUGUCCUGGUGAAAUUUUUAUUAACGUCUCUCCUUCCAAGUGCUGGAAUAUGGUCCGUGAGAGGCUCAAUAUGGAAAUAAGGAGGCAGCUCAGUAUGGGUAGGGCUAACCUUCCUACACUACAGCCUCCAGGAUCAAUUGAUGGCUUUGAAAUGUUCGGCUUGUUAACACCAGCAAUAGUUCAGGCAAUUGAGGUUCGGGAUAGAGAUCACAUCUGUACAGAGUACUGGCGGUCCAGGCCUCAUGUUGUCAUUGAGGAUCAAGACAGUCAGCAUAUGCCACCUCAGGAUCCACUGCAUAUUGCACUGAGGGGCCUCUUCCAACGGGCUAAUUGUGAUGAACUGCGAGCAUUGCGCAGUUUACUGAUGAGCAAUAGAACUCUGGAUGAUAAUUCUAGGCAGCAGGCUUGCCAAAUCCUUGAUGAGGAGAUUGCGAAGCAAUGGCGCUGACCAGCGUAAAUACAAGCUGUUGUACUGACCAAUCUUAGAUAGCAUGAUUUUUUUUUACGGGAUCAAGCAGUUUUAACUCUGAGGCUUGCUUCUUUGGUUGCCCUCAUGCCCAUUCUUUCCAUUCUCGUGUCCAUACUCCAUUCUUUAUUGUAUGUGGUGUCAACAAGCAUGAGGCUACAGCCACAUCACCAAUUCACCCGCAAGGAAGUCACAAGUAAGAAGCACACGCAUUUGUAAUGGCAUAAUGAUUUUUUUAUUGCCAUUUCGUCGUUCCUCAAGAUUUUGUGAUUAGUUAAUGGCUAAUUACUUUACCAACUGAUAAGGGUAAGCGACUUAUUAUACAAUGCAACUGGGUCAUCAUAUUCCUUUGUUCUUGAAAUCCGUUAGUCAUGCAUGCUUGUCUGAUGUAACGAGAUCCAUGCGUUAUGGAUUCUGUAUCCUUAUUGGAUUCUUCCAGAAUUUGUAUUCUUCUCUGGAUGAACCACUAUUUAUGUAUUCUCGUGGCAUGCAUGGUGUAACUUUGACUAACACUUUAGUAUAAACUGAAUCAGCUGUCCAUGCAUGUGCCAACUCCCUUUUAACAAACCAUACACUCGAUUCUUCUUAAGAACUGAUAUGUAUCAUUCCUUGCUCUGUCCUUAAGGACUAGCUGAUGAACGUUGAUUGGCAACUUUGUGAACA